UCACUCAAUAAUAUUUCUAUACUCCAAAAUUAUUUUCACUGUCGGGAUAGUUAAUACAACGCGUAAUACGUACGAUAAUAUACGACUUAUAUUUCGAAAAGUAAUACAUUGUAUUUAUUCCGCAUACGAUUUAUUGUCUUCGAUUCCCUCGAAUCCUAAUCGGGGCCAAACUUAAUAAUAUACGUAUUUUAUUGGAUAUGACACUUCUCACGGGACACAUUACUAUACUGUAAUAAGGUUACGGAACGGGCCAUGAACGGUUCGGAUUUUGGCGGAGUCAACUCGACCGACAACGGAACCGAUGGCGUGGCGUGGCCGGAUAGCAACCAAUUCGAGUUGCCGUGGUGGCACCAGCUGGCAUGGACGGUGCUGUUUGUGCCCAUGAUAAUGGUGGCCACUGGCGGAAACCUGAUCGUCAUAUGGAUUGUCAUGACCAACAAACGAAUGCGGAACGUGACAAACUACUUUCUGGUGAACCUGUCCAUAGCGGAUGCCAUGGUAUCGACACUCAACGUGUCCGUAAACUUUAGUUAUAUGCUGACCAGUAACUGGACGUUCGGUACGGCCUAUUGCAAGAUCAGUCAGUUCGUGGCCGUGCUGUCCAUAUGCGCCAGCGUGUUCACUCUGAUGGCCAUUUCUAUCGACAGGUACGUAUCUGAUUUAGAGAAUCAAUCAAAUGCCAUAAACCGUCUCCGUAAUGAGCUUUUGUAUUUAAAAACAAAAAUCAUGGAUUUAGUAGACACCGACAACGAUCAAUCAGAUAACAUAGAAAUUGAUACRCCGGAGAUGAGUUUAGCAUAG